UUUCAAUUAAUUUUUGUGGAUAAGAAAUACACAUUUUUUAUGAUGUAAUAUUAUUAUUUUUAAGGUAUUAAAUGAAUAUUCUCAAGGGAAAUAUCUGGUGUUUAUAGAUAUUGAAGUUGCGUGCUUAGAAUCUUUUCGCUUGUAGUACAAGCAAGCUUCCCCUUUCUUUGGGAUCAAGUUAUUAACCAAGUAAAGCAACAACAAAACAAAACAAAACACAAAAAGAAGGCGCUAGUGAUAUUUUGUCAGACUUUGAAUCAGCCAAUCACUUAACCUUCCUGAUAUAUUAACAUUUUAACAGUAGCGGUAGUCUGUCUUUUCUUAUUAUAAUCACUGUAGCUAUAGUCUGCCAUGUCAGUUUUAGUGUAAAUAUAGGACUAGAGUUAGUAAAACAAUAAAGUUUCAUGUCUGACUGAUUUUUUUUUGUGAUGAUGUUUAAUAUUAACAAUUGAUUAAAACUGCAAAGUAAUUUUUUUCGGUCAAUAACUGCAAAGUUCUCUUGUCAAAAAAAAAAAAAGAAAAAAAAAACUGCAAAGUAAUUGCAAUGAACAAUUAUAGUUAAAGUUGAUGUGAUAUGAAAGUAAAAAACUAUCAUUAUAAUUUCAGAACCAAUGGUUAAAUUUCAAAUAAUAUUUUCAUUGGGUGUGGUUUUUAAUUUUUAAUAUUUCGAGUGUGAAAAGAAUAAUGCACAUAUCUAAAUUAAUCGGGUAAUUUAAGAGUAAUAUAAAUAUUUGUGUGCUUCUCUAAUUUUGGCACCAAUAAAUAUUUUAUUCAUAAUGUAGCCCGAUUAGACCUAAGUGAUGACGCAUCUUUCACGGUUCAAGUUUAAACUCAUUCUAAAGACAUCCUUCCCAGCCUUCGUACUAUUCUCUUUGGGGUAAUUGCAAUAAUUCAGGGUUCGAUUUCUUAGAGAAUCUUAUAAUGUCCAAGUUAGUAACUGACUAAAACUUGUUCACGAGUGGUAUUUAAUCCAUUAUCGAACUUCUCCAAACAACUCUAAUAGUUGAAAUCAAUUGGUUUUUGACAUAGUAUCAUAGUUUACUGUGACUGGGAGGUAUUGCGAUCGGAUCCCCACGGCCAACAUCUGUUAAACACAUGAUAUUCGGACAUGUCCAAACUUUAUGCCCUUAUGAGUGAUAUUCUUUAGAAGAAGCGUGUUAUUAUGUUGUAUAAGAUCUAUUAUUGAACAUCUUCCAACAACUCGACUUAUUGAGAUCAACUGGCCCUUGACAUAGUAUCAGAAUAUUUUGUGGUUAAGACGUCAUGUAUUCGAAUCCGACGAUCCCUAUUUAUGAAGCACAUAUAAUUCUCGUACCGACUUAUCGAGAUAAACUCAUUCUUCGCAUGAUAUCACACCUUCUAUGAUUGAAACAUCAUGCACAAAUGAAAGAUGUUUGUGGGGGUGAGUUAACGAUUUUGCAAAUGGAAGACUUGUAUCGUAAAAGUCCACACCGUUGACUGGAGUAAAUCCCUUGGUUGGCCUUAUACCACUCAGCGUUACCGUUUGGUCGAUACUUGAUCUUGGCUUUCGUAAUACUCAAACCUCUAUUAUUUCUCUUCAAACUAAAUCUAAUCCCCAGAUUUCUUGACCAUCCUCUUCCUUCCGCUGCGGCCAGAGUUGGGGAAAGAGGGGAAAGAAAGACAGUAAGCAAGGGGAGUUUGGGCAGACGCUGAGAAUUCCGAUAUGCAUCUAUGGCCUUCAAUCAAGCUGAGAGACUCGUUCAGCAUCGACUAUAUCCGGCGGCUGGACUGGAACCUCCACCGGAUGAAAAUCGACAAGAAAAACAAGCAGCGUCUCCUGGACGAUGGCGGUGACCAGGAGAGCGGCGCCACUGGAGAGGAAGGAGUAGAAGAAGGUUCCAGUUCAAAGAAUGGGUUCGCCGAAAGAGCUGCUUUCGUAUGCAGAGAGAUCUUCCUGGUCCUCUCAUGCUGCUACUGCUGUUUCUGUUGUGGAGGUUAGUUUCAUUACUGUUUUGGGUUUUCUCGCAAGUUUGAAUUCGGUUGGUUCGUGGGUUUCUGGUUUCUGCUUGGUAUAGUUGGAAGCUUUGAUCAGGCAAUAGAACCCUUUUCUGGCCUACUGUUUGGUGUCUAGUUACUUUCUGCCCUUUUGGGGUGGAUGGAUUUCCGCACUUAGCCUUUCUUUGCAGCACUUUCCGAGAAGUUCUAUAUUUGUGUAACUGCAUUUGGAACGAUUGUAAAUAUAUGAAAGACAGUGGUGAAUCUAUAGGUAUUCUGUCCAAGAGCUUGAAAGAGCUCGCCUAACAUCUAUAGGCAAUAAGAAACAAGACACAUUCAU